AUAUGCUGAAAGUACACAGGUGUGGUUAAUAACGAUUAAGCUGAAUUUCCUUUGAUGCCAAUUAAGCAGAGAGCAAAGGUUGCAUUAGGUCAGCAUGGCUGACCUUGCAGUUAGUUUCAUCGUAUCAGCGGUUGCAAACAAUCUAACUGGUUUCCUCGUUCAAGAAUCGGCACGUGCAUUGAAGUCUGUAAGAAGCCGGGUUGAAUGGAUUGCAAAAGAGCUUAGGUGCAUGCUGGCAUUCAUAGAGCACCUUGAAAGCCGCGAAGGCUCCAAUCCCAAUCAAUUGGAGUUGGUAGAGGAUAUAAGGAUCGUUGCUCUUGAUGCACAAGAUGUCAUGGAAACCUUCCAAAGGAGGAGGAGGAAAGGAGUUAUGUAUUGGUUUUGCAAAUACAAGCUUGGCAGAGAGCUGGAUAAGAUUAGCAACAGGAUGAGACAAAUCUCUGAGAGAAUAAGGAACUCUGAGUCUGACCAAACAAGCAUAGUUCCGACCGUUGAAACUCCAGGAGUGAGAGCCACCACAAUAGUAUCCCCAGCGCUGGAGAAGCUUGAUCACAUUCUCACCCAAAAUUUAAUUAUCCGGGAUGAGGAGCUGAUCGAGAUAGUAGAACAUGUGAGAGAUGACGUUCUUGUUGACAUUAAAAAUGCUGUGUCUAAUUUAAAUUCAACAACUGGGGAGUUAAGUCAGAGAGAAAAUGUGUGGUUGGAAGAGGUAAAGGAGGUUUGUGAUUAUACGGUAGGUGUUGCUGAAAAAUUCAUUGCCAGGACAGAAAAGCGGUCAAGUAUGGGGAGGCUUUGCCAGUUCCUCUAUCUUUUUGAGCUUUAUGCUUCCAAGCACGAGUUUAUGAAGAAGAUGAAGUACAUCUGCACUCAGUUUGAAGAUGCACUUUACAGAAGGUGGACUUUUUUUGGGAAAGACAUGGGAGCCAAAAUGGGAUCGAGAUCAACACCUGUUCCAAGUGUGUCACUAGUGGCACUGGUGAAAGCACAAAUCCUAUUCUUCUUUUUUAACUUGGUUUUUUCCCUUUUGCAUUUAUAUGUGUUUCUAACUAAAUUGGAAAGUGCAAUACAUGCCCGAGAACCCCGAACAACAGUGCGUAACCCUUUCUUGUAUUGCAUUUAUGCUAUGCUUUGCGUCGCCUUACUUGUUUUGCAUUUCGAGGCAUUUAUCACUCUCCUAGUCGGUUAUUUACUUUGUACAGUUAUUGAAUGGAUUUUGUUUAUGUUGAGAUCUUUGGAACCAAAUUUGAAGAACACCAAAAGAUAUUUAGCUAUAAUUUGUGCGUUAUUCAGUGAUAUUGAUAGUGUGGAAGGUCUGAUUCUGAAUGGAAGACAGAAAGUGUGGGUGGAUCAAUUGAGAUCCGUGACUCGGAAGGGCCACUGUCUUGUUGCUGGUGGUCCAAAGGAUGGGUUUCUGUAUACUAUAAACAGAAUCAGAUUUGCCUGGUACGUCGAAGAGUUAUUGAGAGAAAUUAUUGAUAUUUCAGACAGGAAGAACAAUUAUGCCAUUGCAAAUAUCCAAGGAAGAAAAGAGUCGUUACUAAGCAUCCAAGGGAGCCAGAGUGAAACCAUAGUUGAACACAAUGAUACUUCUGGUACGGGUGUAAAUUCACGUGCACCACCUGCAGCUUCCUCGUAUAGGCACAUUACAGGGCUCAAACGGAAAUUCCAAUUAAUCACAGGUGAAAAGCAAUUGAUGGAUGCACUGUCUCGUGAUGUCCAAGAGAUUGGAGAACUAGAAGGAAGAUCCAAAAUCUGGGUGCAGCAAAUGGAAGAUCUUGCUCGUGAAACUGAACCUGUCAUUACCAAGUGUGCUAGUGAAUUGGAGCAUAAAUCAAUGAUAAUCUGCAUUAUGAGAUACUAUAGGCGGCAUGUUAUGAUGGACGAGAUCAAAAAGAUUAGAAAGAAAAUUGAAGAUGCCUCGACAAGAAAAAAGGCGUAUGGUUUGGGUCAGCUUCAAUCCCAAGCUGAGUUGUCAUUGUCGACGGUUCAAAUUUUACGUCCGAAGAAGCAACCAUCUCUCAUUCUUAACAAGCAACCAUCUCCCAUUGAAAUCGUUGGGUUUGAUGAAGAAGUAGAGGUUUUGAUGAACCAAUUACUCUCGGACGAGAAAAGUCGCUGCAUUACUUCAAUUGUUGGAAUUGAAGGUACAGGUAAGACAACACUAGCCAGUUUGAUAUUUGACAAUCAAGUUGUUAAAGAUAAUUUUGAUUGUCGAGUAUGGGUGUCAGUGCCUCCAAGUUGUACGGUUGAACAACUUCUACAAGAAGUAGCCGAAGAGGCUGCCAAACAAAUUAUGGGUGGCCAGCAAGACAGAUGGACAACACAAGUUGUAUUCACAACUUUGGCGAAUACAAAGUAUCUCAUUGUUGUUGAUGGCAUCAAAACUUCCCAUGUCUUGGAUACCUUGAGAGAGACCAUACCUGACAAGUCGACAAGAAGCAGAUUUCUUCUUACCACUUGCAAUGCAAAUGUAUUGCAACAAGCGGGUACAAGAUCCUUUGUUCUUCCUAUCCAGUUACUAGACGAUGAAAAUAGUUGGAUUCUGUUUACAAGAAUUUUGAGGGACGUUCCCUUAGAACAAACAGAUGCUGAAAAAGAAAUUGUAAAUUGUGGGGGCCUGCCAUCGGAAAUAUUAAAAAUGAGCGAGUUGCUUUUACAUGAAGAUGCCAGAGAGCAGUCCAUUAUAGGUCAAAACCCUUGGUCUGAAACACUUAACACAGUCUGCAUGAACUUACCUUCAUACCUGAGGAGAUGUUUAUUUUAUUUCAAGCUAUUCCCUGCUGAUUUUGGGAUUCCUGUAAGAAGAUUGAUUGUUUUGUGGGUUGCAGAGGGUCUAGUGCAUCAAGGGGAAGACCAAGGGCCACCAGAGCUAAUUGCAGAAAAGUACUUGGCAGAGUUGAUAGAUCUGAACAUGGUUCAAAUUGCCAAGAGAAAGCCCAAUGGCAAGGUGAAAACAUGUCGUCUCCCUAAUCCUUUUCGUGAAUUCUUGCUGAAUGCAGCAGUACCAACAAAUUCCAGAAUACGUCAAGUGGCAGAUCGUUUUGACGAAAAUGAUACCUGGCACAGACAUAUUCAUGGCAACACUACUACAAGUGAUUCAGCUUCCCUGUUAACCAACUACAAGGAUGUUCUCUCCUUCCUGUCCUUUGAUGCUCGAGAAGGAAGUAAACCUGGCCAAGAUAUAAGUAACUUUCUAAACCUGUGCAUCUCGAGCAAUUGUCUUCUACUACUGCGGGUGCUUGAUCUAGAAGGUGUUUACAAGGCCAAAUUGCCUAAAAACAUUGGAAGACUUACUCGAUUGAGGUAUCUUGGCCUAAGAUGGACUUAUGUAGAGUCACUUCCAUCAUCUAUAAGCAGCUUGCUGAAACUCCAGACUCUUGAUCUGAAAUACACUUACAUACAUACUCUAACCAGCUCCAUCUGGAAGAUGGAACUGAGACACUUGUUCUUGAGUGAAACUUAUCGCACCAAAUUUCCACCCAAGCCAAAAGGUAUACGCAUAGGUAGUUCUCUAUCUGACCUCCAAACAUUGUGGGGACUAUUUGUAGACGAAGAGACUCCGGUCAAGGGUGGUCUGGACAAAUUGGUCAAUAUCAGAAAAUUGGGAAUAACAUGCCAAUCAAUGUCAAAAAAGCAAGAGGCAAUGGAAUCGCAACUUGAUGUAGUAGCUGACUGGAUUGUGAAAUUAGACUACCUUCAAUCACUGAGGCUAAAAUCAAGAGAUGAAGAAGGUCGACCUUGGAAUAUACACUUGAAGUCUUUGAAAAAUCACAUUAAUCUCACAGACGUGUAUUUGCUGGGAUGCUUGAGCAGUCCAUCCAUUUUGAACCAAUUGCCCUCAAGCCUUGUUGAACUUACUCUAUCACAUUCAAAACUAGAGGAUGAUCCCAUGCAAACUUUGAAAGAUCUUCCAAAUCUUCACUCAUUGUCUUUACUUGCAGAAUCCUACCUGGGAAAAGAUUUGGUUUGCAGUUCUCAAAGCUUUCCUCAGCUUCAUGUUUUAAAAUUUUGGAAGCUGGAGCAAUUAGAGGAAUGGAAUAUAGAGCCAGAAGCACUCCCCUCUCUCAGACAGCUGGAAAUCCGAUCAUGUCCGGGCAUGAAAAUGCUUCCUGAUGGACUAAAGCAUGUUAACACUCUCCUUGAGUUGAAAUUGACAAACAUGCCAAUGGAAAUCAAUACUGACAUGCAUUCCAUUCCGCCCAAAUGUGAAGUCCACAGAGAUGAUUCUCAGUAGAGCUACUAUCAUCAUUGCAUGUUGGCACCUAGAGGUUUACUAAUGCAAAAUUGAAUAUAUUUGGCAGUGAGCAGCAGUUUGUCUACAACGGCUUGUCAUGAAGGGAAGCCUUAUAUGCACUAGUAGUGAUUGAAAGGUAAGUUUGGUUCUAGUUGAAGGCUAUGAAAUUGAAAAAAUGUUUCUUAAAAUAAUUUGUAUUGCGACGUGUGUUUUUCUUUAUUGUGUUGUGUAUUCCAAAUCCAGAUUGAGGGAGUUGUUGUUUGUGUGUGACAAGCAAGAAUUUGUAUUGUGACGUGUUAUUUUCGUUUAUUAUAUUGUGUAAUCCAAAUCUAGUUAUGAGUAGCGUUAUCAAAACCGGUUCAGCAAUUCGAUCGGUUGGUCC